GUUGCCAAGAGAAUAAGCAGUCAACUGCUGCUUCCUGCUCCUCUGUAUCUGAAGGCAGUGGCAGUGCAAUUCACAAGUCUCCUGGGAUAUGUAGUCCUGCAUCCACAUCACCUUCCCAUCGGUAACAUCCGAGGACUACUGGUCCUAUCAGGCGUGCUAAGGGUGGUUGGACAGCACAGGAGGAUGAAACAUUAAGGAAUGCUGUGGGAGUUUUUAAGGGAAAAAGUUGGAAGAAAAUAGGUCCUUUCUGAGUUGAAGAAUACCCAAUAAAACAGAUCUUGGGGCUCUAAUUUGAAGUUUCCCUUGUCUUGUUUAUGUGUAGAAAAAGUGAAACACACUCAGAUUGAUUAUGCAUAUGAAGAAAUGAAACACAUUUAAGCAAAUGUGGGCAAUCAUAAAAAAAAAAUUAUAAUACAUUGAUUACAUUUGUAUGAGUAGUAGAGGGAAACUAUACAUUUGUAUUAGCAAGCUAAAAACUGUGCUUCUUUUAUUGAUUAAACAAUACAAGCCUGUGUAUAGCUAGCUCACACAUCUCCCAUUGAAGAUUCUCGACGAACUGUAGUUACAAGAAUACUGCCCGCAUGGGUAAUUUGUUUAUUCUUGGGACAAGGUGGAUAUGUGAAGUGUUUGGACCAGUGUGUCACGUGAUCUGUGGCUCAUGAAUCCAAUAAUCUAAAUGGGAAUGGAAGUAUACCUGAGUGCCAAAGCUUAUUCUUUGUUAGUUCCAGCAACAGCAGCAAGAGCAUGCCCUUUUUUCUUUGCAUUGUCCCCAUUGUUGACCAAAGGAGGUUUCCAUGCACUUUCCAUCAUUUCUCUCGGGUGUAAUAUGCAGUUGGUUUAUCUAGCUGAGUUUUUUCCUGAUAGAUCAGAAGUCCAGUGUUUGCAUAGAUGGCAAAAAGUUCUUAAUCCAGAACUUGUUAAAGGACCCUGGACACAGGAGGAGGAUGAUAAAAUUGUUGAAUUGGUGACAAAAUAUGGGCCAACAAAAUGGUCUUUGAUAGCCCAGUCUUUACCUGGUCGAAUUGGCAAACAAUGUCGAGAGCGGUGGCACAAUCAUCUUAACCCUGAGAUAAAGAAGGAUGCCUGGACUUUGGAGGAGGAAUUAGCCCUGAUGAAUGCUCAUCGCAUACAUGGGAACAAAUGGGCUGAAAUAGCUAAGGUCCUUCAAGGAAGGACUGAUAAUGCAAUAAAGAAUCAUUGGAAUAGUUCUUUAAAGAAAAAGUUAGAUUUUUAUUUAGCUACAGGAAGACUUCCACCAAUUCCCAAGAGUAGUCCACAAGUUCCUGUUAAAGAUACAAUUAGACGUUCUGCUAGUAAAUCAAUACUUGUUUAUUCAAAUAAAGAAUUAAAUGCAGCUGUUGAAACAUCCUCUGAAACUACAGCCAUCAGUAAACUAGAUGACAGUGGCAGGAAUCAAUUUGAGUCCUCGGGAACAGUUAGAGAAGUUGGUGAUUCUUCAAGUGUUCCUGCAAAUGAAUCCGCCGAUUCUGACUGUGUAGAAUGCAAGCCUGGAUCUUCCAACAUCGAUCUUAGCUGUAGCAACUCAGAACAAGUGUCAAAAGCUAAUUGGGCAAUAACUUAUGGGCCAAGACCUGACAAUUCUGGACUAAAUGGAAACUCAACUUUUGAACAUUGUACAAACAAUGGUAACAUGAACACUACAAGGUUAAUUGGAACGUCUUUGCACGAAAGUCCAACCUGUGGUUCUCUGUGUUAUGAGCCACCACAGUUACAUGGUUCAGUUCCCAUAGAUUCUCUUUAUUUAAAUUAUAUCUGCCAGCAGAAUGAGUUUUGUUCGAGUCCAACCUUGUCACCUCUUGGUUUCUUCACUCCACCUCGUGUAAAGGGUGAUGAAUUAUGCACUGAGACACCUGAAUCAAUUUUGAAAAGGGCUGCCAAUACUUUUCCAAAUACUCCUUCCAUAUUGAGGAGGAGGAAAACUGGGUUCCAAGCACUCACUAGUCCUAGUAAAGUUUUGAAGGUAGAUAAUGAUACACGUUCUUCUAAUGAAACAGAGAGAACCAAUGAUGAUUCUGGUUCUAGGCAUUUCUCCAGCAGUCCGGCAAGCCAUGGCAAUGUGAUUGACAUUCCCAGUAAUAAGACAUUCAAUGCAUCUCCCCCAUAUAGGUUAAGAUCCAAGCGAACAGGGAUUGUUAAGUCAGUGGAGAAACAACUGGAGUUUGCUUUUGACAAAGAGAAGAAUGAUGACAAGAGAAGCAAUAUCAUGACAGAAGAUUGUCUCCAUGAAAAGAAAUUGGUUGCCACGUAGUGCUCAAAAUUUGGAUCAUGAUUGGACUUGGUUGAAGCUGGCUGAUUGUUUUCUAAAUUGUUUGAAAUGUUUACCAAUAUUAUAAAGAAAAUUCAGUGCACGUUCACAAUGACUUGCACUUGUCCACACCGAUAGUUGGCUGUCAUUUCCCUCACACCUGAACAACAUAAUUCAGCAACAGUAGGGGUCUGGUAUGUGUAGAAUAAGAAUUGAAAAGUUCCAUUUACUUGUGGAUACAUAUAGCUAGUUGUAUUUAUCAUAUUUGUACAGUUGUCUUAGGAAAAAUAAAUUUUCUCAAGUGUCAUCAAUGUUCUUAGAUUCCUUCAA